ACAUGGUGUGCGAUAAGUGUGAGAAGAAACUGGGCACAGUUAUCACUCCAGACACAUGGAAAUCCGGUGCCAGGAAUACCACUGAAAGUGGAGGCAGAAAACUAAAUGAGAACAAGGCACUGACAUCAAAGACUGCAAGGUUUGACCCUUAUGGAAAAAACAAGUUUGCAAUAUGUCGUAUCUGUAAGAGCUCCGUUCACCAGCCUGGCUCUCACUACUGUCAGGGCUGUGCCUAUAAGAAAGGUAUCUGUGCCAUGUGUGGAAAGAAGGUUCUGGAGACAAAGAAUUAUAAGCAAACAUCAGUUUAGUACAGGACACUCGGGAUUCUUGUGAAGAAACAUGGCUGUGUAUGUAUGACGUGUGUAAGUUAUGGCUUGGAGUAUUUGAGAAAUAUGAAACUUCAUAAUUUGGAUGAAGAAACAAAUGUAAAUAGAUAAUGUGUUACAGUGCUUUUAUUUCUUGUAUUUUAUUUUCUUACUGAUGUUUCAGUGUUGGCUAGUCACAGUGGCCAUUGGGUUACAGAUUAUCACUAACUUUUGUUAAACACAGUGAAAUGGUUGGAGCAGAUUACAUAAUAAAGAUUUUUUCAUUUUA